AUGAGUGUCAUAUCAGACAGAGAAUGCAUAAAAAUGGUGAAAACGCGGAUUACAGAGCGAUUAGACAACCCUGAAUUUAUUUGUCCAAUUAUUUUACCAGACCGGUGCAUUUUCACCCAGCGUCUGUUCGAAUAUUAUCAUUUACAAAAUGGUCACGCUGGGCCACCAAAUAUUACUAGGAAUAUUAGAGAGCGAUUUUGGAUAGUGAGGGGCAGAAGAGCUGUCAGAAAAGUCGUAACAAAUUGUGUAAGAUGCAAUCGAUACAAGACCAAGUCUCCCGGUUGCAAGCCGGUGUCUCUACCAGGCGAUCGUGUCAAUGACGCAGCGGUGUUCGAGAUGGUAGAUGUUGAUUUGGCAGGACCGUUUGAUGAGCUUUCAGAUUCAAAUGACUCUAGUAAAGUCCUGCAAGGUGCUAAAGUUUCAAGAUUUGGACGUAUGAUCAAGAUGCCUCAGAAAUUAGAUUUCUUCGACCAGAAAAAAGGCUGUACUGAAGAAGAAUACGAAAGAGAAUUUAGUGCAGCUCAAGAAUAUUACGAUAAAUUAUCUACGUUGAAAGUAAAAGCCAACAGGAAGAAGGAUAAGUAUUCACAGCCUUCUAUUGGGUCAACGAAUAGCGGUUCUUCAUCAGGAAUAGUUACAACCACAAAACAGAAAUUGCCAGAGAUCGAACUGGUGAAGUUCGAUGGAGACUCCCGAAAGUGGUUGACAUUUUGGACAAGGUUUAGUAAAAUACAUGAAGAUACUCGCAUCGACAAGAGAGACAAGUUUCAUUAUCUACUACAAUCUACGAAACCUGAGACUGCGCCUAGAGCAAUAGUGGAGAGUUUUCCUGCUACGGAAGAAAAUUACGAAAAAGCCGUGGAGUAUCUCAAAGAACGAUUUGGAAACGAAAAUGUUUUAAUUCAAAUUUAUGUUAGAGAGCUAUUAAAAACUGGUAAUCAAUGA